AUGGCCAAAGCGGGCAACCACCGAGGAGCCCAUCAACUGAUGAAUGGAGAAACCCCGGACACAGGCCUCUACUACCAUCGGUAUCUCCAGGAAGUCAUCAAUGUGCUGGAGACAGAUGGGCAUUUCCGCGAGAAGCUGCAGGCUGCCAACGCCGAGGAUAUCAAGAGUGGAAAGCUGAGCCGGGAGCUGGACUUUGUCAGCCAUCAUGUCCGCACCAAGCUGGACGAGCUGAAGCGGCAAGAGGUGUCCCGGCUGCGGAUGCUCCUCAAGGCCAAGAUGGACGCCGAGCAGGAGCCCAGUAAGCAGGGGCAGGACCCCAUCUGGGACGCCCCAGCCCCUCACCUUUCCCUCACCGCAGAGGGCGUUUUCCCGGGCUCGGACCUCCGGUGCGUUCGGGUGAUUUCCCCCCUAGACCACGCCCACUUUCCCGCAGAGGACCCGCCCUCGGCGGCCUGA